UCCAACCGGAUGAGUAAACCAACGUGGUGUCGAUAGAGUCGGUUUGGACAGCGUUGUUUUUAUUUGUACAGUUUAUGUCAGUUAUCUUUAGUUAAUCGAGAUGACUGAAAGUUCAGCAGAGUCGGUUUCUAAGCCGGCUAAAGAGCUGCUGGCGCUGAACCCCAAACAAGAGUCAGAGUUCAAGAAGAAGGUUCAGGAGGCGAAGAAGAACAAAUCCAGCAAGGGGAUCCGUUUGUCUCCUGGAGUGAUUUAUGUCGGCCAUUUGCCUCUCGGGCUGUUUGAGCCGCAGCUCAAAACUUACUUCGAACAGUUUGGGAAAGUCCUGAGACUGCGACUGUCCAGGAGUAAAAAGACAGGUGGAAGCAAAGGUUAUGCAUUUGUCGAGUUUGACUGUGAUGAAGUAGCCAAGAUCGUAGCGGAGACCAUGAACAAUUACCUGAUGGGAGAGAGACUCAUCAAAUGUCAUGUGAUCCCACCAGAGAAAGUACACGAGAAGCUGUUCGUCGGCUCCGAGAGGGAAUUCAAAAAACCCUCGCAUCCCGCCGUCGCACGCUACAACAAGAAGCGCACGACAGAGCAGAUCGCCAAGAUGACGGAAAAGCUGCUGCGCAAAGAAUCGAAGCUCCGCAAGAGGCUGGCAGCGAACGGCAUCGAAUACGACUUCCCGGGAUUCGCUGCUCAGGUGCCUCCGAAGAAAAAAUCUGAUGCCAUGAACGCCUCAACGUGUAGCGAUGACGCCACACCCGUCUGCACCCCGUCUCUGCUGGAGAGGAGGAAGUCUAUGGUCGUCAACGACGAUGACGAGGACGACGAGAUCGUCAUCAAGAUGCCAACUGUAGAGAAAGACGAAGAGGGUUCGUCAGAGGAGGAAGACAGCGACAACGAAGAAGAAGAGGAGGAUGAUGAUGAUGACUCGGAGAGCGAGCCUUCUGAAGGAGACAAGGCUGCCACAGAGGACGCGGAGGCGCAGUGAAAGUCUUAGUUUUGGUUGUGGACUUGGUUCUCUGGUUGUCAGAUCAGAGAUGAGGAUCACAUGUGGUCUUCCAUUUGCUUUGAGUGACGGGACGACUUCAAACUGAAAUCACUGAGUAUCUUUUAGUAUGUGGACGUCACAUAACAAGUUAGAAAGAAGCUCUUAUGAAAGAUUCCAACAUAAUUGUGGGUAUUAUUGUGAGUAAAAACAUCACAAUGAGGACUUCUUUGACUCAUUUACAUUUCAGUUUUGGAGCAGGCUGUUUCCUUCCCUUAUAGGGCUUUAAUGUUGAUGCAAAACAGAAGCAAGUUUUUGUUUUUUUUGUGUUUUAUAACCACACUUGUAUAAAAAUGUGGCUAAAUUUGUACUAUGUAAACUAUGAUCUUUAAAGAAUAAAUAUGAGAAUCUACUCUGGAGCAGUAAUUUUAAUACGCAGGAAGCAAUGAAAGAAGAAACAGAAGGGAUCGUACCUUUGACCACUGUUUAUUACUGGCCUGUAUUGUGUACGAAUCCUUCACAUGAAUUGGUGAUAAAACCAGAAGCUGUAAAUAGUAUGUGAACUUUCAUUGUAAGUAAAGACUGUAAGACAAUAAACUGGUUGCUGUA